UGAAAAAAAAAAGUUCGAACGCCUCAAAGAUCAAGUAACUAUCAAUACUGCUGUGAAGGAAAUAUUAGGAGGUGUAAAAAUAGAAGACGUGACGAAAACUGUUGGAACGGUCUUCAAAGAUUUACCCAAUGAAAAAAAUAUUCAUAUUGUCGUCGAAGCUCCUCCUGUGCAGGAUCAAUUGAUGCACGAUUUGAUUAAACAAUUAGAUACAACACAUUUGGAUCAUGAUCAAAGUUCACAGGAAAAAACGAAACCUCCAGAACGUUCAUUAUUACAUCGUGCAUUUCGCAAACACGUCCAUAUAGGUAACGAAAUCAGAGAUUUCAAUAAAAAAGAAGAAGUUAUUGGUAUUAUAACUGAAGAAGGUGGUGCGCCACGUAUAAAGUGCGUCAAAGACGAAAAAUCGUAUUCAACCUUUAAUGCAUUUUUCAUGGCACAUUUCGGGGAGCGUCCAAGGCAAAAUUACCGUGAUAAAAUUCGCAUUGUAAAUUAUAUUUCUUACGAAGAAUUGAGUGAUCUUUAUGAGAAUUCUCAAAAAGAGAAAGAGCAAGAAAAAAAAUAA